UUGACCCUAAAUAACACUUCCAUCCUUUCUCAUUUCUCAAAUAACUAUGCCGGAGUCGACAGAGUUUGCUGUUAAAGUUACCUCGGAGGAUCCCAAAAAGAAAGAAAAGGAAUCUGAUAAGCAAGAAGGCUCUUCUACCUCUGCACAGGAUGGCAAGAAGGAUAGCAAGGAUGGAAAAGAAAUUGAGGGCGACGAGCUGUCAGAGGAGGAUCUUCAGCUGCGCUCAGAACUAGAAAUGCUUGUUGAAAGACUCAAGGAAUCAAAUACGGAUCUCUAUAGGCCAGCAUUAGAAACACUUAGAACAUUAAUUCGCACUUCCACCUCUUCCAUGACUUCCGUUCCAAAACCAUUGAAAUUCCUUCGCCCACAUUAUCCUGAUCUUCAAGCUUUAUACGAGACAUGGCCAGCUUCUGACGACAAGAGCCUUUUCGCCGAUAUUUUAUCUGUCCUGGCCAUGACUUAUUCGGACACCGAACCGCGAGGUACCCUGCGUUACCGUCUUCUCUCAGCCUCGAUGAGACCAUUCGACUCGCCUCUCGCUGACCCAGGGAACUGGGGUCACGAAUACGUACGACAUCUUGCCGCUGAACUGGGUGAAGAAUUCGAAUACAGAGAAGAACACGACGAGGAUGAACCUGCGACCACUGAAUCUGGGAAGUCUCAAGGAUUGAAGCUUCCGGGGACCAUCGAAGUCCUCCGUGAACUUGCGAAACAAUGUUCGAUAUUUUUGCUUCAACAUAACGCAGAGCCGGACGCUGUCGAUCUAUUACAAGAGCUGGAAAUGAUCGGUGACAUUGUGGAACUUGUCGACGCUAAUACGUAUGACCGGGUAUGCCAGUACAUGUCUCGGUGUGUAAGUUUCCUUCCGCCACCAGAUGACAUCGCAUUCCUACAAACCAUGUACAAAGUCUACAUGAAAUUCCAAAAAUUCCCUGAGGCAAUCUGUACCGCUAUCCGUCUGAACGACAGGAAUUCCGUGAGAGAGGUCUUCAAGACUGCUGGUAACCCAGCCAUGAAAAGGCAACUGGCGUUCAUCAUUGCCCGUGCUCAGACUCCUAUAGAAUGGCUACGAGCAAGUGGAGAAGAAAAUCCAGAUGGUGAAGAAGAGGAGUUGCCAGAGGACUUGAUGGAGUGUCUCAGUAACACACGGCUAAGCGCAUCUUUCCGAGAGUUUGGCAAGGAAAUGGGCGUUGCGGAUCCCAAAAGUCUCGAAGACGUCUACAAAUCUCAUUUGGAGAAUACUCGAACCUCAAAUGUCGAUUCGGCUCGGGGCAACCUCGCAUCUACGUUUGUAAACGCCUUCGUUAAUGCCGGCUUUGGAAACGACAAACUAAUGGUAGAGGCUGAGGAAGGAAAUAGUUGGAUAUACAAGAACAAGGAUCAUGGAAUGAUGAGCGCAGCAGCAUCUCUCGGACUCAGUCUGCUUUGGGAUGUCGAUAUGGGUCUGACCCAUAUCGACAAGUAUUCCUAUUCUGCUGAGGAGUAUAUCAAGGCAGGCUGCUAUCUCGCGACUGGUAUCGUCAACUCUUCCGUCCGCACCGAAACUGACGCUGCGCUCGCCUUGCUGAGCGAACACGUCGAAAACAAGUCCGUUCCUCUCAAGACAGGUGCCAUUAUGGGACUAGGGAUGGCCUACGCAGGUUCUCAGCGGGAGGAGGUUCUGGCCUUGCUUCUACCGCUCGUUGCUGAUGAUGGCGCGAGCAUGGAGAUUGUCAGCUUGGCUGCCCUUGCUCUUGGAUUUGUCUUUGUCGGAUCGGAGAACGGCGACGUCACGGGUACUAUAUUACAGGCGCUGAUGGAGCGAGCGGAAAGAGAAGACAAAGGGUUGGAGGAGAAAUGGGCUAGAUUUUUGGCACUUGGAUUGGGACUGUUGUACCUCGGUCAACAGGACGCAUCGGAUGCCACCUUGGAGACGCUGAAGGCGAUCGAACACCCGGUAUCAAAGACAGCUCAAGUUCUUGUAGAAGCAUGUGCAUUUGCAGGUACCACUAACGUUUUGAGGGUGCAAAAGAUGCUACAUGCGUGCGAUGAGCAUAUUGUCCCUCCCAAGGAAAAAGAAGACGAUAAAGAGAAGAAAGACGAGAAAAAAGAAGAGAAAAAAGAAGGAGAGGAGGAUAAGAACAAGGAAAAAGAGGAACCUAAGAAGCAAGACGAUACAUUCCAGGCAUUUGCUGUCAUCGCUGUGGCGUUAAUAUCUAUGGGGGAGGACAUCGGCUCGCAAAUGUCCCUAAGACAGUUUAAUCACCUGAUGCAUUACGGCGAACCCGUGAUUCGCAAAGCCGUACCCCUUGCGAUAGGCCUCGUAAGCGCUUCGAAUCCUCAACUUCCUAUUCUCGACACGCUUUCGAAAUACAGUCACGACAACGAUCUAGGGGUUGCUAUCAACGCUAUCUUCGCCAUGGGGAUGGUUGGAGCUGGAUCUAACAACGCUCGUCUCGCCCAAAUGCUUCGGCAACUCGCGGGUUACUACUACAAGGAACCCGACUGCUUAUUUAUGGUGCGAAUAGCGCAAGGUCUCCUGCACAUGGGUAAAGGGACGAUCGGCGUCAACCCGUUCUAUCAGGAUCGGAGUAUCAUGCACAAACCUGCAGUUGCAGGUCUAUUAGCUGUUCUGACUGCGUUCACUGAUGCUAAAGGAUUUGUGCUCGAUAGGCAUCAUUGGAUGCUGUACUUCCUCGUCAACGCCAUGUCUCCACGAUUCAUGAUAACCCUCGAUGAGGAACUCAACAACCUCGCGGUGACGGUCCGUGUCGGGCAGGCUGUGGAUGUAGUCGGACAAGCUGGAAAACCUCGAACAAUAUCAGGUUUCCAAACACAUCAGACACCAGUGCGGCUUGGAACAACGGAACGGGCCGAACUUGGUACUGAGGAGCAUAUUCCUUAUACUCAUAAUCUGGAAGGCUUCGUGAUUCUCAAGAAGAACCCUGGGUGGGAGAAAGAAGAUAAAAUGGAGUUGUAGAUUAGAGUAACAUCAUGGCCAUUUUUAUGACGAGUAUUCAAAUUCCUGACUGCCAACGAACAAAGAGGGAGAUGGGGAGAGUUACGAUUUGAUGAAACGCAAGAUAAGUUUCA